AUGGCCUCCGCCGGCGGCGCCGAGCCGGAGCGGCCGCACCCCAAGCCCUUCCUCAUCGGCGUCAGCGGCGGCACCGCCAGCGGCAAGUCCACAGUCUGCGAGAAGAUCAUGGAGCUGCUGGGGCAGAACGAGGUGGACCGCCGGCAGCGGAAGGUCCUCAUCCUCAGCCAGGACAGCUUCUACAAGGUGCUGACCGCCGAGCAGCAGGCCAAGGCGCUGAAGGGGCAGUACAACUUCGACCACCCGGAUGCUUUUGAUAACGAUUUGAUGCAUACAACCCUGAAAAAUAUUGUUGAGGGGAAAACGGUUGAGGUACCAACCUACGACUUCGUGACGCAUUCUAGGCUGGCGGAGACGACGGUGGUCUAUCCCGCCGACGUUGUUCUCUUCGAGGGGAUCCUGGUUUUCUACAAUCAAGACAUUCGGGACAUGUUCCAUCUCCGGCUCUUUGUCGACACGGAUUCCGAUGUCCGGCUGUCCCGCAGAGUUCUGCGAGAUAUGAAACGUGGGAGGGACCUUGAGCAGAUCCUCACGCAGUACACCACGUUCGUCAAGCCUGCCUUUGAGGAGUUCUGCUUACCGACAAAGAAGUAUGCAGAUGUGAUCAUCCCCCGAGGAGUUGACAACAUGGUUGCUAUAAACCUCAUAGUGCAGCACAUUCAAGACAUCCUGAACGGAGACAUCUGCAAGUGGCAGCGAGGGGCCAUGAACGGACACGGUCGGACCUACAAGCGCCCAUUCCCUGAACAAGCAGAGAGCAGCAGCAUGCUGGUGGCUGGCAAACGCUCCCACCUGGAGUCCAGCAGCCGUCCGCACUAACCUGUCAGCAUCUGAAGGACUUGCCUGUGGUCCAGACCAACACUGGAGGCAGCUUUGGGAAAGGACUUCAACAGAAUGGUUGGUGAAGUGCCCUUUAAAUCAUCCUAGCAGUGGAGGGGAUACUGGUGUGAAACUUCUUGCAGAGGGAAGAGAAAGGAGUUGGCCUACUGCCCCUCUCCCCUCCAAAACCCUUCCCUUUUCUCCCUACGAUGUCUGGAGUUAUGUUACUUGAUGAACUGAUUAAAGGCAGUGCUACUUGCCUUUUU